AUGGGCCGGGGGUCGCCGCGGUGGGCGGCGCUGCUGCUGCUGCUCCUCCUCCUCGCCGCCGCGGGGCUCUCCUCCGCGCAUCCCGGGGCGUGCCCGGUGCCCGCCGCGGCGGAGGCCGUGCUCGGGCCUCCCAGCACCUGCUCGCCGCUGGAUCGCCGCCUCGGCGACCCGGUCGGCGUCAUCGAGGGAGAUGAGGCUACAUUGGCGAGGGCAGUCAAUCUUCUUUACUUGAACAAAGAUGAGUACAUUGCUGUACUUUUCUAUGCCUCGUGGUGCCCGUUUUCACAAGAGUGCAAACCUAAUUUCGAGAAGUUGGCUCACUUAUUCCCAACUAUUCGCCAUUUUGCAUUUGAGGAAUCUGCAAUUAGGCCAAGCAUAAUAUCAAGAUAUGGAAUUCAUGGUUUUCCAACACUAUUUCUCUUGAAUUCAACAAUGCGAGUGAGGUACCAUGGACCUCGAACUGUUAAGCCACUAGCUGCUUUCUACAGUGAUGUUUCAGGCAUCAGUGCAUCAGUGGAGUCAACCACUGGGGAGGCCAUGCCACACCCGUUAGAUGAAAUUGAGCCAAAAAAGGAUGUUGAACCGGAAAAUUGUCCAUUCUGGUGGGCGCGUUCACCCGAAAAUAUACUCCAGCAGGAUACGUAUCUAGCACUGGCAGCUUCUUUUGUAAUCCUGCGGUUGCUGUAUCUUCUAUUCCCAAGGAUAGUUUCUGCAGCAAAAUGGGCAUGGAGGAGGCAUACUCUGUUUGCGAACUUGAUGGGCGUGCAUGAAUAUUUCUUCACCUACCUCGAGCAAGCAAGACAGAAAUUGAGUAGGUUAUACCCUUCGAAGCGAGGGAAUUUACAGGAGGGGGCAAGGAAUGCCACUGCCUGGGCCUCCAAAUCAUUAGCAUCUGUGUCAAUCGGAGAACCAAGCACUAUCGGAAGGACGAACUCCACGAAUGAACUGAGGUGA